AUGGCUACAGCGACACGUACAACAGAGCCCAUCGCCUUCACUCCUGAAGGUGCUGUUUCGAUUUCUUACUCCACGCUGGUUGCAUCAUCCUCGUCUUUGACUGCAUCCAUCGAGAAGGCUUUCGGAUCGCAGCCUGAUUCUUUGGGGAUCAUUAUUGUUAAGGAUCUUCCUUCGACGUACCCUAGUCUGAGGGAGAAGCUCAUGAAAUUGGCAUAUUCAUUUGCUCACCUUGACGAGCCUACGAGAGAGAAAUAUGCUGAUAUCAAGAGUCGAUACAGUUUCGGCUGGUCUCACGGAAAGGAAAUUAUGAACGGGAAGCCUGAUACUCUGAAAGGCUCUUACUAUGCAAACCCUGUGGUAGAUCGACCCACGGUUGCUGCUGCUUUACAGAAAGCAUAUCCUGAGUACUACGGUGCCAACGUGUGGCCAACAAACCAGGAAGGUGUAGAGGGUUUCGAAGAGGCAUUCAAAGAACUUGGAAGCUUUGUGUUUGAUGUGGGAUGCAAGUUGGCUGUCGCCUGUCAGCCGUUCGCCUCUUCGCACCUCACGGACUCCUCAAUUUCCUUAGAGAAACUCAUCAGGUCCUCACAGACAACGAAGGCUCGUCUUCUCCACUAUUUUCCGCCAUCUCCCGAGAACCCUCUUCCCCGCGAGGAUGAGCCUAUAGACAGCUGGUGUGGGUUUCACUUGGAUCACUCUCUGCUGACUGGAUUAUGCUCGGCCAUGUAUCUUCGCCACGAGGCGGGUGCCGCUCCUGCUGUCGUAUCUUCGCCUUCUUCUGCAUCCGGGCUAUACAUUCGCAGUAGGGGUGGGAACCUCACGAAGGUCUCGAUUCCUCUUGAUUGCCUCGCCUUCCAGACAGGUGAAGCCCUCGAGCUAGCGACGGGAGGAAAGCUUCGUGCGACUCCGCAUUGCGUCCGUGUCGGUGCUGGCCAGGAUGCAGAGAAGAUUUCGAGAGAGACCUUUGCCUUGUUCAUGCAGCCCGAAGUCAACCAGCAAAUCAGUGUCGAGGAAACGUUCGGGCAAUAUAGCAAGCGUAUAUUUGAUAAACAUUAUAGCGAGAAUGUUGUACAGUAA